AUGCAACGCUUUAUUUAUUUAAGCCAGCUGCUACAAACUGCGUUAAGCGCAUUCCCGCGCUUUUCAUGCUGGAUUAGUUGCGAAUUGUCUGCACAUAUGCACAACCACCGAAAAUUGCAGCUAUUUGGUUUUUCACUCGUCUUAAAACCAUUGUAGCAGCCACACACACCACCCCAGCCAUAAGUCAAGCCAAGCUGCCGCUCUUUCAACUUCUAUUUUUUUGCUGAAAUAAAUUUGUGAAAAGAAAGAUGCCACGACGCAAAGCACUGGCCAACACCAACAACGAUGCCGCCGCGGACAAGGCGCUGCAGCCAACACGAGCAAAAAGGGCGCGAACCGUAUUCAAUCUAGAAUUGCCGCAUCGUCGGCAAAUAAUUGGCGAUGUUUUGGUGUGCGGCGCUGGCGACACUGGACAGCUGGGACUCGGCGAAGAUGUGCUCGAACGCAAGCGUCUGGCUCUGGUUGAGGGUAUACCAAGGGCUGUGGAUGUUUGUGCCGGCGGCAUGCAUUCUUUGGUCUUGACCAAUAGUGGCGAUAUUUAUUCAUUUGGCUGCAACGAUGAGGGCGCCUUGGGUCGCGACACCAAAGAGAAGGGCAGCGAAUCGCGGCCGGCAAUAAUCGAGUUGCCUGGCAAAGCGCUCGCCAUUUCGGCGGGUGAUUCACAUUCGGCUUGCUUGCUGGAGGAUGGUCGUGUCUUUGCAUGGGGCUCGUUCCGUGACUCGCAUGGCAACAUGGGACUGACAAUCGAUGGUAAUAAGCGCACACCCAUCAAUCUGCUGGAGGGCAGCGUCUGUUGCAGCAUUGCGUCGGGUGCCGAUCAUUUGGUUAUAUUGACAACGGCGGGAAAAGCGUUCACCGUAGGCUGUGCCGAGCAGGGCCAAUUGGGACGGAUCAGUGAGCGAUCGGUUAAUGGUGAAGGUCGUCGCGGCAAACAAGAUUUAUUGCGGCCCGACGAGCUAAUCAUUAAGCGCACCAAGCCAUUUGAAGCGAUUUGGGCCACAAACUAUUGCACUUUUGUGCGCGAAUCGCAGACUGGCAUUAUUUGGGCCGUGGGCCUGAACAACUACAAGCAGCUGGCCCACGUCAAGGAUAUAGAACGCGUCCUCACCCCGAUAAAGACGAAUUUGAAGGAUGUCAAGCAGAUCGCUGGUGGUCAGCAUCACACCCUUAUCCUGGACAAUGCUAUGCGCUGCCUUGCAGUUGGCCGUCACAACUAUGGUCGCUUGGGAUUGGGCGAUGUCAAGGAUGUUGUGUCCGAGCCAACGGCAAUUAAACAGCUUAACGGGAAGGCAGCAUUUGUUGGCUGUGGCGAAACUGUCUCCUUUACGAUUACCAACGAUGGUAAACUGUAUUCCUGGGGCAUGGGCACCAAUCUACAGCUGGGCGUUGGCGAUGGUGACGAUGAAAUGGAGCCGGUCGAAGUGGUCAGCAAGAAUACGCAAAACAAACGAAUGCUGCUCGCCGAUGGCGGGGGACAGCAUAGUGUUUUUCUGGUAGAAGCCGCAGUCCAGGAGGCACAAAAGGAGAAUGUACCAGCCACCAAGAAGACUGAAGCGAAACCAGCUGCUGCUGCUGCAGUUGGUGCCGCCGCCGCCGACGAUAAAGCUGAGACGCAAAAUGAGGACACAGUCGCCGCGGACAAUGACAACGAUGACCAAAAUAAUCCAACGCCGAGUGGUGCCACUAAGCCGGCCAAGAAGAUGGCAGCCAAGCGAGGACGUGGCAAGAAGAAUUAAUUAUUUUCAUGGAACAUCAAUGGACGUUUCAAUAUUUGUUUUUAGCCGCACCGGAAUAUUAUGCGCAGCUACGCUUCGCCAACUGUUUAAAAAGUUGAUUUAAUUGAUUUUGUUUAAUAUAUCUAAUUGUAAUAAAUUUAAAAUGAAUUCGCAGAAUGGCCCACAAGGCUAUUGUAAAUGUGAAAACAAUAACUAAAAACGAAACUAAAACAUUUAUUUACAAACUAAUCAACUUUUAAUUCAUUAUCAAUAAUCGUCGUUAAUAAUUUACACAUACUUUUAUCAUACAUGAAGUUAGUAAAUAUAUAUAUAUAUAUAUCAA